AUUAUGCAAGCCGCGCCGCAACCAAAGGGAGGCGGAUCGACGGCCGCACCCGCACGUCCUCUGCCGGCCUUCUACUACCUCGACGACGAACGUGUCUUCUCCGAGCCCGCUGGAUGUUUAAACUUCCUUCUCAACACCCACAAACCGUUCAACCUAAACACCGGUCGUUUUCAAAACACCCUCCCGGAGGCUGGGGUGAAUGGUGUGCCACCGAGCAUUGCCGAACAGCCUCGGACUCCCUAUUUGCUCGUCUAUACUACCAAGUACACUGAAUGA